CUCCCACCUCCCUCCUUUUUCACCCAAAGGCCCAAACCAAAUCUCUCUCUCAGAUCUGCGAUUCACAUUUUCCUCCAUUUUCUCACUUCUUCAAACUCAGGAAAAAACCCUAAUCCUCUUCGACACGCGAUCUCCAAUGGCGGCUCCUCCUUCCUCGUCCUGUUCCUCUCCUUGCUUCAGCUCCACGCGCUUGCUCUCUGCUCGACCGGUGGUUUCCCCUCCCUCUGGUCUCCUCCCGUCGCGCUCUCUCCUUCCGACACAGAGACUGUCCCUCCGAUCGGCUUCUUUUUCCCGCCUCCGUGGUCCCGUUCUCUGUGCGCGUGAUUCUCGAGUCUCGGCUUUUGGUUUCCGGGUGUUAUGUGCAGCGGCUGUAGUCACAGAAGGCACGUGGGAGAGAUCGGUCCUGAAAAGCAACAAGCCGGUGCUAGUGGAAUUCUACGCGAGUUGGUGCGGUCCAUGCAGGAUGGUUCACCGUAUCAUCAGCGAGAUAGCGGAAGAUUACGCAGGAAAGCUCGACUGCUUUGUUCUGAACACGGACAACGACUUGUCAGUGGCCGAGGACUACGAGUUAAAGGCCGUGCCAGUGGUUCUUCUCUUCAAGAACGGGGAGAAACGAGAAUCUAUCGUGGGUACCAUGCCGAAAGAGUUCUACGUCGCCGCCAUUGAAAGGGUUAUGGACUCAUGAGAAGGUAUAUAUAUAUAUACACACACAUAUACACAUAUAUAUGUGUGUAUGUGGGUGUUCAUCAUCUCAGUUCCAGUACAUGGCACCUCACCGCCGUUGGAAUCAAAUCAAAGGUUUAAUAUCUACUUGAAAAAACCGAACUACUUUAACCUCUUGUCUUUGUUCUUUUAUGUUAUGUGAAUAUAUAAUGGUUUGUUUUGUAGAAAGAUGGCUCUGAAAUCAUAUAUCCGACCAUAA